AUGGCUGCCACAACCGUUCCGGAAGGCAGGACGCAAGUCAUCUUCAAUCAGCUCAGGACUUUUAUUGCCAACAUUUUGACGAUCUCGGUUGAAAACAUUGAUGAUACAUCUUCAUUCGUUACGCUCGGAGGAGACUCGUUCAAGGCAGUUCACCUGUACCAAAAAUGCUCUGAGCAAGGCCUGAGCGUCCGGUUCCAAGAUUUACUCCACAGGUCCCUGAACGAAGUCGCCUCAUUAGCUUCCGACAAUGAAGCUGGGUGUCCUUCAACUCAACAACUCAGACAGGGAGAUGGCAAGUUUUCGCAGAUGCCUCCCGACUACGAUUUUACCAAGAUUUUUGACAAGCUGCGGGAGAAGUACGACAUGAGCGACAAUGCCGUUGAAGACGUUUAUCCUUGCAGUCCAAUGCAAGAGAACAUGUAUAUUGGUCAGAAGAUGGUCUCGAAGCGGCUUUACCGAACACGGGGGCUCUUUGAGACUCAGGCUGAGUUUGACCUGGAACACUUCCAAACGAGUUGGAACGAUAUUAUCGACCGUCAUCAAACUCUCCGAACUUUUUACGUGGAAACCUCGGAUACUACAUCUGGCCGCUUGUUAGAUGCAGUCGUUCUAAAGUCUAAACCAGAGGCCAUGAUCAUCAACUAUACGAAGGAUUUGGAGGAGAUAAGACGCCAGUUCGCGGAUGGGAGUCUUGAGCAACUCGACGCAGACGAAGAGAGGCUUCAGCACCAAGUCACAGUUUACCUCAACGUUCAAGAGCCGGGCCGAGCCUUGUUUCAGAUGGACUUGAACCACUUGACCGUUGACGGUAGCUCAUUGAUGAUAAUCGUAGAUGAGUUGGUCAAGAGAUUGCAGGGCUCUCGGCUUCUUGGCCAAGCACCAGGAUACGGGAGAUACAUCGACUACUUACAGACUCGGACGGACGAAGACGGUGCGCUCGACUACUGGAUCGACUAUCUGGACGGGACAGAGCCAUGUUCGUUCCCAGUCAUGAACGACAACCAACCGGGUGGUGCCGGAUCCUUUCAGGUCUCAGAGAUGCCUCUCGAUGUCGGUCUAGAUCAAAUCCGCGCCUUCUGCCAAAAGCACAAUGCGACCAUAUCGAAUGUGCUGCAAGCUGUCUGGGCUCUUGUCCUUCACACUUACACGGGAGACGCGGAUGUCUGCUUCGGUUACCUUUCUUCCGGGCGAAGUUUGCCCAUUUCUGGAGUGUCUCAAAUCGUUGGGCCAAUGAUGAACUUGCUCGUCUGUCGUGUUGGUGGAAUACACAAAAUGUCGCUCGAAGGCCUAAUCCAUACUAUCAGAGAAGACUUUCUGAACGCGCUACCACACCAGUGCUUCUCUAUUGGCAAGGUGCAACGGAUUCUUGGAACCAACGAAACGAAGCUAUUCAACACCAUCAUGACCUCGUAUUACUCGCCUUCCAUGUCCGACACCAGCAGCAGGACCUUCUUCAAGCUAAUCUCAUCCCAUAACGCCUCUGAUUUCGAUAUUGUGCUAAAAGUUGUCUACUCGGACUCGGAUAUUCGGGUGCGACUCGCCUAUUCGACGGCCACGUUAUCAUCGGUGAUGGCGAGCAACGUCUCGCAUACCUUCUCAGGCAUCUUAUCGAGGUUGAUUGAGAUGGAUGAUGCACAAGCUGCCGUCAUUUCAACAACCGCAAUUACCACUUGGGACAUGCAACAAGUCGUAAUGUGGAACUCACGCAUACAUACUCCGCCGCCCAGUCCCCAUUUGACUUGUGUUCACCACCUGAUCGAGAAUCAAGUCCGGCUCCAGCCUAAUGCGCAGGCGAUCCACUCGUGGGAUGGAAACAUGACUUACCAAGAGCUUGACGAAGCUGCCUCCAUUGUCGCCCAAGAGAUUCUGAAGCGGGACAUCGGACCUGGAGCUUUCAUCGCGCUUUGCCUUGAGAAGUCAAAAUGGUAUUCCAUCGCCCUUCUCGGCGUCUUAAAGAGCGGUAAUGCCUUCGCUCCUGUUGACAUCUCGAAUCCAGAAACUCGACAAAAGGAGAUCCUGCAUCAGUUGGGAAUCUCUAUAGAAUCUGGACUUAUCAUUUGUUCGAAGCAACAGUCACCAUUAAUCAGGCAUUUGGCUGGCCAGGUCCUCCAACUUGAUAAUGACCAGGCCUCUCCGAAAAAUGAUAAUACUAUCCCGCUGCCACGUGUUUCUCCCGACAGCCCAGCCUACGUCAUUUUCACCUCUGGCUCUACUGGCAAGCCAAAGGGAGUCGUCGUGGAACAUCGAGCCCAGAUUUGCAUCGAUAUCACGGGCAAAUUGGGCACAUCUCACGCCUUCAUUCGCUGA